GCUGUCCACAGUAUAAAAGGGUAAUCUUUUCUACUGUCCGUCAGAAAGUGGGAGUUGUCAACGGAUCAUAACAUUCUCAUUUAAUUUUAUUUCUUUAAAUUUAUCGAAAUAAAGAUGGCAGACAUCUACAAGAAGUGCAGCCGCUUCGUUCUUGCGGAGUACGAGUUGCGGUCCCUCGACUGUCCUCGCCCCGACUCCAGUGGGUCUGAGGGUAGGGCGGAACUGUACGGCGAUCAAUAUGGCUUUAAAAGAGGAGCAUGUAAGCGCUGUGACAAAACCUUUGACAUCACGUUCACAAAGAAAGAACCGUGCGACUUCCACGUGGAAAGAUCAAGGAAAAUACGUGGAGUUCAAAAGCCUCAUGGGUGUUGCGGAAGUCGUUUCGGUGGGACGGGAUGUCGAACAGCCCCGAGUCACGUGUACAAAGGGAAUCUGUACCUGGACGUGGAGGGGUUCGUGAGAACUCAGCCGCUCUCUUCACCGCCGGCCGAUGGCAACUACGGAGUGUACGCCGUCGAUACAGAGGCGAUCCAUACUGUGAAGGGACUGGAGGUUUGUAAGGUCAGCGUGAUCAACUCGACCCUCAAGACUGUCUAUGAUGAGUUCUGCCUCCCAACUGCCGAGAUCAUCGACUACAACACCAUGUGAGCUUUGCCUUGACUCCGUUUAAAGAUGGAGCGGUAUCCGUGCCGAGGAUCUUCAGAAGGUCACAAAGACGUGAGCGGAGAUGCGCCAAGACCUGCUUGGCAUCUUCAAUCGUGAAACCAUACUCGUGGGCCACGGGCUUGGCACAGACCUCAGGCUCCUCAAGGUUAAGAAUAUAUAUGAUUAAGCUACUAGUUGAAACUUGCAAUAUAAGUGCACAUUAUAUGUGUGUUUGUGUCGUUACAGAUCAUACACAAGGGUGUAGGUUCAUUAAUUUUGACCCUGCACAGUCUGAUAUCAGUUUCAGAUCCUACACAAGGGUGUGGGUUCAUUUAUCUUGACCCCGCACAGUCUGAUAUCAGUUUCAGAUCCUACACACGAGUGUGGGUUCAUUAAUUUGAACCCUUACAGUCUGUUAUCAGUUUCAGAUCCUACACAAGAGUGUGGGUUCAUUAAUUUGACCCCGCACAGUCUUUUAUCAGUUUCAGAUCCUACACAAGGGUGUUGGUUCAUUAAUUUGAACCCGUACAGUCUGUUAUCAGUUUCAGAUCCUACACAAGGGUGUGGGUUCAUUAAUUUUAACCCGUACAGUCUGUUAUCAGUUUCAGAUCCUACACAAGGGUGUGGAAUCAUUAAUUUGAACCCGUACAGUCUGUUAUCAGUUUCAGAUCCUACACAAGGGUGUGGGUUCAUUAAUUUGAACCCGUACAGUCUGUUAUCAGUUUCAGAUCCUACACAAGAGUGUGGGUUCAUUAAUUUGAACCCGUACAGUCUGUUAUCAGUUUCAGAUCCUACACAAGGGUGUUGGUUCAUUAAUUUGAACCAGUACAGUCUGUUAUCAGUUUCAGAUCCUACACAAGGGUGUGGGUUCAUUAAUUUUAACCCCGCACAGUCUGUUAUCAGUUUCAGAUCCUACACAAGGGUGUGGGUUCAUUAAUUUUAACUCCGCACAUUCUAUCAGUUUCAGAUCCUACACAAGGGUGUGGGUUCAUUAAUUUUGACCCCGCACAGUCUGUUAUCAGUUUCAGAUCAUACACAAGGGUGUGGGUUCAUUAAUUAUGAACCCACACAGUCUGCUAUCCGUUUCAGAUCCUACACAAGGGUGUGGGUUCAUUAAUUUUAACCCGCACAGUCUGCUAUCAGUUUCAGAUCCUACACAAGAGUGUGGGUUCAUUAAUUUUGACCCCGCACAGUCUGUUAUCAGUUUCAGAUCCUACACAAGGGUGUGGGUUCAUUAAUUUUAACCCCGCACAGUCUAUCAGUUUCAGAUCCUACACAAGGGUGUGGGUUCAUUAAUUUUGACCCCGCACAGUCUGUUAUCAGUUUCAGAUCAUACACAAGGGUGUGGGUUCAUUAAUUUGAAUCAGUACAGUCUGUUAUCAGUUUUAGAUCCUACACAAGGGUGUUGGUUCAUUAAUUUGAACCAGUACAGUCUGUUAUCAGUUUCAGACCCUACACAAGGGUGUGGGUUCAUUAAUUUUAACCCCGCACAGUCUGUUAUCAGUUUCAGAUCCUACACAAGGGUGUGGGUUCAUUAAUUUUAACCCCGCACAGUCUAUCAGUUUCAGAUCCUACACAAGGGUGUGGGUUCAUUAAUUUUGACCCCGCACAGUCUGUUAUCAGUUUCAGAUCAUACACAAGGGUUUGGGUUCAUUAAUUAUGAACCCACACAGUCAGCUAUCCGUUUCAGAUCCUACACAAGGGUGUGGGUUCAUUAAUUUUAACCCGCACAGUCUGUUAUCAGUUUCAGAUCCUA